CUUCCAUCGACCAGGCGACGCAGCAAAGACGAGAAGCUCGCAGCGAACACAGCUGUGGAUCUGGCGCUGCUGAGCGCUCCUCGCAGCAAAAAUAGCAGGCUUUCACAAUCUUAGUCGCGAGCGACAGCGCGAGGUCCUCCUGCACACUUGAGACGCGCUUGUGCUCUCUCGCGCCGUUCCACACUCGAUUGGCCUCGUCGGCGCCGCACAAGGGACUCACACGCACGAAUCCUCGUUGACUAUCGCACCCGCGGAAUAUCAAGGCAAUUUGUCGCCAGCCUGGUGGCCUCAUGUCCGGGUGACGCCGUCGCAGGUGCUCGCUCGCCCACGCGCCCUGACGCACAAUGCCCUCACGACGCCCACGGCGAGCACCCGGCCCGGCCUCGCACAAGAAACGCGCCGCUGCCACCGAAGCUGCAGCACCUUCAUCCGAAGACGUACCUCGUUUCACUCCACUCGAUGCGCUCGCAGGCCCGUCGGCGCCCCUCAUCGCGCUGCGCUACCGCACGGCAGCCUCGCAGCACGCCGCCCUCGCACGCCUCGAGGCCUUCUACGAGGGCGCAGGCGCCCCUCGCAACGAGUACGUGACGCUCGCCGGCGUCAAAGAGCUCCGCGGUGGGCUCUGCCGCAACUACGAGGCCUUCAACCUGCCGCUUGACGCCGUGCAUCGCUGGUUGGCGGCGCUGCGAACCGUCGAGGCGAUAGCAGACGAGCCGCAGUGGUGGCGGCCGUUUUGCAACGACGAGGAGAAUGAGCUGCUCGCCCAUCUCGACGGCGCCGGUGCGCUUCACUCAUUGUCUGGAGCGGGUGCCGGCGGCGACGAUGACGUUGCGCCAGGAGCGGUGUCUCCAGCCGCAGACGCCAGCGCGUCACCUUCGCCCGCACAAGGUCCGGCUCGGCCGCUGUACGUGAUCUCCGUCCUCUCGCUGGCUGCGCUGCCGCACGAGCUCUCGCACGCGCUCUUCUAUCUCUCGCCGGUGUUCGCCCGUGCGGCAGGCGCGGCGUGGGACGGCCUGCCGCGCAAGAGUCGCAGCAUCAUCGAGCACGACUUGCGCCUGCGCGGCUAUGCGCCCGAGGUGUGGGUCGACGAGUUCCAGGCGUACAUCGCCGAGAACGAUGCGGAGUUCGGUCAAGCCGCGCGCGCUGCCUGUGCCGAGGCAGAGCAAGAGCUGUCCGCGGCCCGGCGGCAAGCCAAGAUCGACAUCGGUGUGCCUUAAAGCGCCGCAACUACCUGCCGGCGCAUCCCGACACACACCGUGCCACAACACGAUUGCUCGACGAGCACGCGGCAUGCGAGACGUGGUCCUCCAGCCGCAGCCACGGCUCCAGUCAUCAGCGCGUCGAAUGUGCGGCUCCGCGCCGCAGCGCGAGGUCAGCGACGCUGCAGCGCUGGGCGCUGGACCUCGAGUCAGCUUCAGGCUCGGAGUAUCGGCGAUGCGUACACAGCGCGUCCCCGUGCACAGCCCUGCACAACCCAACAGCUUCGAGAAGCAAGCAGUGUAUUGAAGCGCCCGAUGAGAGCCGCGGCGCCAGAGAGAAAUCUACGAGUU